ACUAAAUUAAAUUAGAUUUUGAUCGCCAUGAUUGUGUGAUCCGGUUGAUUUGUCAGUCAAAUUUCAAUUCAUUGAUACAUUUAUCGAAAUCGAACCCUUCUCAAAUUCAUCAAAAUGAUGUCAUCUGGGAAUUUUCCUCCCAACGCCUACCAGUCUUUAUCAUCUAGAGGGAUGAGGAUUCCCAUGAGGCACACGUUCACACUGGAGCAGAAACGAACCCUGAUGAAAUAUUUUGAGCAAGGGAUGGUCGGUCAGAGCCUCAUGUAUCAGGAAAAGAUCCAGCAAUGCGCACAAGAAGCAGCACUGGAAUUCGAUGUCGUUAGGAAUUGGAUCGGUAACCAGCGGAGAAAGCGACGCUUGGAAGAAGUCCAAAGAGCAUGCAUGCAGAGUUAUAUUGACCAUGUACCACCGGGAGAAUGUAGCGAGGGAAUGCCACCCGCAAAAAUACAAACCUUGACCAUGGCACCACCCCGCCAGACCCAGAUGCUUUUCUUACCGCACAUGGCAAAGCAACAUGGACUUGGUACGACGCCGCCUCAGCAGCAGCCGCUCCCUGGUGGAACACCCGGUGAGGGCGCUCUCCAUGGCUCAGAGGCAUCUAAUCCGCAACACAAUGAACCCCAUCAAUCGCAGGUGAAUCAAAUGGCGUUAACGCAACUGGUACCCACGAGCCAAAACCACCAGCAACCCGCCAUACAGGUACACGCCCCUCCGCAUACUUCGCCACGCAUGCCAAAUCGUUCGAUUCCACCAUAUCUUCAAGGACAAUCCACCACAGGUUACCCGCCAUCGGUAACCGCCACUGACGGCAUGCUGCCAAAUAGCAUGCCGGCUCAAGCAACCAUUGCAACGCCUGCGGCACAAGCACCGACAUCACAGAGAUCCAACCAUUCUUCCCCGCUAGGAUCGGUUCCAUCUCCGGUCAUGUCAGCGGCGUCCAUGCAGGAUGAAGACAUCGGGUACCAUCAGACGCUGAUUCGAGGGUUCUUCCCUGGUCCUAGAGGAGCUAGAAUGAUGCCAGGAAGUGUACUUCCGGGGCAUCCACAACAGGGGAUGUCCCCGCCAAGCUUCACCGUCUACCCAUCGGUUAAGAUGAUGCCACCACCAAAGGAAUCCCCAGAAAUGAGGCACCACGAAAUAAGACGAAUCGUGGAGCAAAUCCAGAUGAAUUUGGAUCGAUUGGAACAACUCGGAUGCGAGUCCCUUCUCGCUACCGUGUCCACGCCCGAUCGCUCGGCCUAUGUCUGCGGCACCCCGAUCGCUCUCCAGUACUUCUCCAAAGUGAACAAAGACCACCCCAUGGCCGAGUACAUCCACAAGCAGGUCUCGAGCGAUAGCGACUUCGACCCCGACGGACUCGACGACGAAAGUCCCAGUGCCGACGACGCGGGCGUGGACGACCAGGGCGAGAACGCUGAGAGCGGCAGCAAGGAGAAUAACAAGCAUGAGACGUCUAUGGGGAUUGGUCAGUCUGUACAGGGGCGCGCCAAGAUGAACCCUGAAUUGACCAAUGAGGAGGAGGAUGAGAUGGACAUGCUGGGGACGGAGAAGGGGUCAUAAAAUCAGGCGAGGAGAUUUACAUCGUCAGUAAGGAGCGUAUGGUGAUUGGUACGGGUAUGCUCUAUCCCAGGCCUCAUGAGAAAAUGACCUUCAAGAACUCCCCUGAAUAUACCGAGUAGACUUUUGUGACGUCGUUAUUGUGAAAGCAAUGCAAUCUUUGUAACAAGUAGAGUUCAUUUGCA